AUGAAUCUCUCACAAUUAAAUCGUAUAAUAGCAGUAUUUGUUCUUAUUUUUGCUGUUAUUUAUGGAUGGAAAGCUUUAUUUGAAGCACGAUGUCUACCUUGUUAUACAGUUGAUGUCAAAUAUUUUGGUCCAGUUUUUCCACAAUCAGAUGAUACAGAAGAUUUUUCAAUAAAACCAUUUAAAGUAUCAUUUGAACGAUCACAAGUUGAUGAUAUGAUUAAUCGUGUUAGUAAAACACGUUUUUAUGAACUACAAAUAAUAAUUGAUGGUCGAAAUGUUAAUAAAUCAACGUAUGGUUUUAAUCGUCAAACAGUUGGAAGUAUUCAUGAUUAUUUAAUAAAUAUAUAUAAUUGGAGAAAAACGAUACAAGAAU